AUGACGAUCAAUGGGUGCGGAAUGCGCCAGGAGGUGAGCGGAAAUGGGUCCCGCAGCGAAAUGUGAACCGUCAUGCAAUGGCGCGAAAUGUGCCUUCAAAACAAAAGGCAUUUUGAAAUAUUUCCGCUUUCAUCUGAAAAAGAAAAGCCGCUCAAAGUUUGGUCUUGCUCGGCCGCCGGAAUGGAGGAGAAAAUGGAUUCUAGGCUAACGAAUUUUUUGCUUUUUUUUCAACUUUUGAAGAUUUCGCUCGAUUUUUUUGGUUACUAGCGAUAAUCGACUUGACAGCAUAAAAAAUCUUCAAAAGCGCACUAAAACCGGAAAAAAAAACGAGUGAAACUGCAAAAUGUCGUCAAAACGUGAGAAAAGAGAAAAAAUUAAAUAGAUGGCCUAGAUUGCAGUCACUCUUCCAUUUCUGCGGCAGCACGGCCGAGCGAAAUAACUUUAAUCAAACUUGACUGCGCGCAACUGGUUGCAAAGUGUCCAGUUUUCGAAACAAAACAUAGUCUAGGCUAGAAACGUCACUCGGAUUAUGAAAUUGAGCACAAACUCGAGCGCCCGUCACCUACAGUACCCCACUUGCAGAUAGUGCUGCGGGCGCUGUCAAUUCUCCACUUAAUCCUGGUGGUCAGCAACUUUUUCGUGUUGGAUCCCCGUGUGUUCGCCCCUUUGUACGUGAUUUACGCGGUCGGCGUCGUCUGUUUUUUCACCCUCUUCAUCUACUCGUGCGUCGCCUAUCAGGCGUGGUUCUUCGUCGUCGCACUCUGCUUUCAGGUGGGCUCUUCCGGACAUUUCGGACCGAUUUUAAUUUCGAACCUUUCAGGGUCUGUACAUAUUCUCCGCCGGAUACUUGGCCUCGCUGGCACUCAUGGGAUAUUUCAGUGAGUUUCUCGGACAAUUUUGGGACCCAAACUUUGCAGCCAUUUUAGACGUUCAUUGAAAUUAUUUGGGUCCAAGUUUCAAGUGAUUUGUGGAUGGGAGGCCGAAAAGGCCCAGUUUUUGGGGAACGUCUCACAUUUUUCGGUCUCUACUCAAAAUAAUCGGCCUGAAACUUGAACUCAAAAGGCUUCAAUCCAAUUCAGACUGCAAAGUUUGGGUCUCAUCGAAAUAGCUCUGAUGAGGCAUUGAAAAACUGGAAAAGGGCAGUUUUUUACUUAGAAUCGAAAUGGAAACCAACAAGGAAAUUUUGGUGAUGAUCCUCAAGUUUUAUUCUUGAAAAAUGUUACGGAAGUAUCGUGCCAGGUCGUUCUAGGCAUUUCGUUUCCUUUCACACUGAGCUACAAUAGUCAACUGACCUGUAAAUUAUAAGUACUGUAACUAAACCCAGCUAAUUAAUAACAAGAAUUCACGAUGAGCGAGUGAGUGAUAAGGUUAACGACCGAAAAACCCAUAAAAAAGGAAAUUACGUUUCGCAAUGACUUCCUCUUUUGUUUUCAGCCAUCCAAACCGCCUACCUCUGCAUCCUGUUCGGCGCCAACACUCUCGUCAUCAUCAACGACGUCGUUUCGAUGAUCGCCGUCAUCACAAUCCGCGCGGAACAGCUGCGGAAGCGCGCCGAAUCGAAGAGGGCCGUUCGGAGGUCCGAUCUCGAAGCUUCCUUCCCUAAAUACUGA